UACACGGCAGAAAAACGCAGGAGCACCGCUAGAGGACCAGCAGCAGCUAGAGGCUUCUAGAAACAACGUGCACCGGGACAGUCACCGGCAAACAAACCAGCUCUCCGAUCACAGCGUUACACAGUUAAACCUUUUCAAUCAUUUAGCUGAACAAAUGGCCAAGUGGGGCGAAGGAGACCCUCGUUGGAUCGUAGAGGAGAGAGCCGAUGCGACUAAUGUCAACAACUGGCACUGGACUGAACGUGAUGCUACAAACUGGUCAUCGGACAAAUUAAAAUCCUUGGUUCUUGGCUUGGCCGUAGAGAAUGAUGAAGGAAGCUGCGAGGUGACAGAAGUCAGCAAGUUAGAAGGAGAAGCCUCGAUUAACAACCGCAAAGGGAAACUCAUUUUCUUUUAUGAAUGGAACAUGAAAGCUACCUGGACAGGAAAGACAAAAACAGGAGUGAAAUAUAAAGGCACUGUUGAAGUGCCAAACUUGUCUGAUGAGAAUGACAUGGAGGAUCUUGAUAUUUCUGUCUCUCUAAAUAAAGACGAACCUGAAACACCCCUUCUCAGCCUGAUGAAGACAAAAGGAGCAGAGAAAAUCAGGGAAGCUCUUGGAAGUUACGUUGGGUUCUUAAAAACAGAGUUCACACAGGGAAUGAUCCUGCCUACAGCAAACGGUGUGGCCAAGAUUCAGCCCACUUCACAGUCAAAAGCCAAGAUGGAUAGAACUCAGAUUUCCUCCUCUAGCAGCACAGCUGCUCCAGUCAACACCGGGGUCAAGAUUCCUACCUGUAAAUUCAGCAUGAAAGAAAAGUUCCUCACCUCACCGGCUGAUCUCUACAGAGUUUUCCUUCACCAGGAGAUGGUGCAAGCGUUCACACACGCUCCAGCCACAGUGGAGGGAGAGAGGGGCGGAAAGUUUCGUCUGCUAGGUGGAAAUGUUUUCGGUGAAUUCACAGAGCUGGUGCCCGAUGAGAAAAUAGUGAUGAAGUGGCGGUAUAACAACUGGCCCUGUGAGCAUUAUGCGACAAUCACGAUGACUUUCAUGGACCGAAGUGACCAGACAGAGCUGAAGGUGGAGUGUCGAGGCGUCCCAGAAAACGAGGAGGAGCAGACGAAAGAAGGCUGGAAGAAAUACUACUUCGAAGCUAUUAAACAGACUUUUGGCUACGGAGCACGGCUCUUCUGAAGAUGGUUUACUGUAGUGCUGAUCUUGUUUGUUUUUGAACUUUUUAACUGCUUGUCCUUCAGUCUGUCUGGCGCAAGAUGUUCAAAACUUGUGGCAUGAGUUAAAGAAAGAGACGAUAAGGGUGAAGCCAAUCUGUCACCUUUGUGUGUUUAUGUGUAAAUGUUUUAACUUUUGAACAUAUUUAAAUUUCGAUUUCUCCCCGUCAGUAUUUGGGUCAGUUGUUCAACGGAGCGUGGAUGGACUGUGCCUUUGGGACUCGGGAUGUAAAAUGAAAUAAAGAAAAGAGGAAUCUAUUAACCACUAAUGCUAAUUGGCCUCCAAUUCUAUAAAUAUGUAAUUACUGCAAGAGCUAAAAUACAUUUCAGAUUUCGUUUAUUUGAAGAACUCUAUGUUGCUUUCAGAAUGUUUUUUUUUACUCUUUAAGUGUAACUGUAGUAAAGAUGCUUUCAGCCAA